GAUAACUUGCUCAUUGUUGUCAGUGAGCCGGGGAGGUUGGAGCUUGAGAGGGUUUGGGGACCUUUUCAGUUCUUAACCCAUGUCAUCGUGCUGUCACGGAUGUGUUCCCUGUCCUCUCUCAAUACGGUAAAGAAAAACUCGGUGUUUCAACAGAUCCAUUGCUGUGUGCUAGGUACCUUGGGCAGUUAUUUGCUUAAGCGCAUUUUGGUAGGCUUCCUAAAAAAUCUUGUUUCCUUUUUCCUAACACAAAUUCUUGCAGUAAGCAGACAUUUCCUUUUAGUUCUGCGGUUUCCCUGAACAUUUAUUUUCCUUUUCUUAGGCCCGCUUCCUUUGAAGGAUAGCACUGUCGUCCUGACUAAGCAGUCCUGACCUUUUUAAUUAAUAUCUACUGAAAGCGCUGCUACCAGAGACAGAGGAACCAACAAUGAGGAGCAUAAUUGAACACUAAUCAGAAUACAGGGUUUAUGCUAUUAAUGAGAUUGCAUAGUGUGUUCUUGGGCCAAAUUAGAACCGUCUGCAAACCCCUGACACGGGGAUUCCUCAUUCACUUCUUUGUGAGUCUCAGUUGUCUUGGUUUAAGUCUAAAGACCCAGCCAAGUUUUCUUGGGUAAGAUGGAAGGACACAUUCUCGAUGAGAUCCUACCCCCAUGUGAUCGUUUUCCCCAUCUGUUCUAAAACCGUGACUGUGGGAUGCAUUUUCUAGAAACUGAAGAGAAUUAACUUUUAAGUUGGGGUUAUUUUCAAGUCUUGAGCUGUAUUCAUCAGUGACUAAUACCACAUGUUGUGUUUUCUGAUACAGUAAAAUGUAUUAGAGCUACAAGUUCAGGGAAUAGCUUUCUCCUAAAGACAUAAAAGAUAGGAGCUUAUUAAAAAAAAGAAAAAGGCAGCCAGAUUUUGCCAGUGUUUUUAUGGAGAGCACCCAAGGGGGAGCCCUGAGCCUCUUUAAGUUAAAAUGGGCGUGGGUAGCGGAUAGCCUUUUCCAAGCUGGCUGUGUUCAUAGUCUGCUCCUUGACACCUUUUGGCACCUUUGAGUUUUACGUACAAAAUACAGCCUUGGUUGUCGGAAGGGGAAUAUUCUGAACAGCCGUGGAAUUAAUAGUUUUAAGCUUCCCUGCAAGGCAAGCUUGACUGAGUUUGACAUACCCACUUAGAAGGUUUUACCUGUUUUUAGUAACUUGUCAGUUGAGUCAUUAUUCUGGGUAUUAAUGAAAUGAGGAUGUAUUACCAUCUUGUGAAAUGUCUAUUUUCCCCCUACAAUGUGGUGUUUUUAUUUGAGAAGCACUGGCUGAUGAUAGCAAUGCUUUCUAACCUACUAACAGUAACCCUCUUCGGGUAAUUACCUUCUCGUAAUAAAAAGUUAAGGAGAUGAAAAUAGAAACCACAGGUGUUUUCAGGCAUAGUGAACAGAACGUGGCAAUUCAAACGAUUACAAGGAGGGGCUCCUGGGUGGCUUAGUUCGCAGAGCGUGCAGCUCCUAAUCUCGGGGUCCAGAGUCUAGCCCUUCGUUGGGCGUAGAGAUUACUUUAAAAACAUAAAAAAAUAAGAUAAAAAAAUAAAAAUAGUUUUCAGAAAAGGAUUAAAAGGAAGUGGGUUUUUUGCCCAGAGGAUGAUAUUUUUUUAGUGACGAUACAUGGCUUGUGCUAAUUUUUCCAAUAUUUAAAUAGUGAAUGAAUUCGACAUCAGGUCUGUCUUGUUUGGAACGCUGACUUCCCAGUAUCUUCAAAAUCAAAACUCUGGACAUAGUAGGUGAAAGUAUUUUUGCCAAAAACUGUUCCUUUGGUGGACACCUUAUACCAUAGUAUCUUUUAUCUUUUCUAUCAGCAGAAAAAUAAGUCAGGACAGGAGCUAUAUCUGAUACGUUUUCUAAACACUGACUAGAAGAGAAGUUAAGCCAGGACGAUCCAGUUUCAUUUGUUUUUCUCCCAAAAAUAAAUGUCAACUGAGAAAGAAAUUGGGAAAGUGACUGUCACAAGUGUUGGCUCACCUUGAAGAUUGCCAUAGCUUGUAAUCCCAUCCAUGGGUCUGCUGUUUCCACCUGUCUCACACGUCUGCCCAUGAGUUCCAUGUGUGUGGGUGUGUGAGAUGAAUUCCUUUCCAAGUUCUAUUGAAGAUCUGUUGAAGUUGACACGUUGUUCUAUGUAUUGUGAGAGAAUUAAACCAACCAGACUACAGAAGCGUUCCCCAACUUUGACUCGACCAGCUCCUGAUUAUAAAGACGGCAGAGGAAUGGAGACAAUAACCCUGCAUGCUGUGUGGUUUGCGUUGUUAACCCAAGUUUGCUUGUCUGUUUCCUAAUUCAAACAGAGCGUCAGAAGCCAUGAUGCAUGUAGUGUGUGUGUGCUGCAGCUGGAGUGGGCCCCAGACCAGGUAUUUAUAGACGCCACGUUCAGCCUUCCAUCCGGUUAUCGUCUGUGCUCUGAAAGUCUCUGUGUCCGCCGCAGUUUUGGAACUUAGCUUCUGCCAUCCAUGUCACCUCGUCUGAUCUGGUUACAACCAGCCUGUAUAUACAUCCGUACGUUGGCACGCAUACACAUCGAAGUAUAGUUUCCUAUUCAUACUUUCAUCAACUGUUGUGGAACAGUCCAAGGAGGGGAGGGAGAUCCCAGGAAAAGCCAGGUCCAUCUGGCCAUUGUGAAUAGAGCAAAUCAAGAAUAUCAGCCCCACAGCAUGUUGUUGUUGAAGGUAACUACACCGUUAGGGGUCUCAUGAGCCUGUUUCUUCUGGAAAACUGGAAGUUCCUUUUUCAUAUCCCUGCACACAACUGCCUAGAGUGGUAGGAGGGCACUUCUACCCGAAAGAAAUUUUCAUUCCGCUGAAGACGAAAUCGAGGCUUCGGCCAGGUAAACUUGUCUGGGGGCACAGGUUCAAUAACGUGGGCAGCGCUGAGGUUUAAUUCUCCCUGAAACAGGAGUUAAGACUUGACUCUUCUCUCCCUGGCCUCGCAGAGUCUCCCCGGGAGACACUCUGUUCCCAUCUCCCUGGAGUGUAAAUUUGGGAGACGGCAGCCUGAGUUUACUGGCUGAUUUAUCAAGAGGAAAAAAGGCAACUCCCAGCCUCGGGCUUCAUACGGGGUUGCAGGCUGGUUGUGAUUAGAUACCUAGCACUUAAUUUCUUUGUUUUUUUCUUUUUCCUUAGAAAGAUGGGGUAAAAGUAGGCACAGUUUAAUUAUUCUUAAUAUCCAUUGUUCUCAUCCCCUUCUCCUCUCCUGUAGUGCUGAGCCUGUCCCCUACGGUCAGCACUUAGGCCAGUGAAGUCUCAGCCCUUGGAGGACUGUGUGCUGCUUUCUUAGCACAAAACACACACUGAGGCCACGUUCUCCUUGACCUGACACAGUGAUUGUAACUGGCGUGCCAGUGCCUGAAGGCCAUCAUCACAUGCCCCGUGCUACUUAACUUGGAUAUUUCACUGUGAUGCAUCUUUUCUGUUCUCAUUAACUCACAACUGAACCUCUUUCAGAGUCGGCCUUAGAGAUUGAUAAAUAAAACUAAUAACUGUGUUUCUAGACACUAAUGGAUAUAAUUUACACUGAAGCAAAUGCUGUUUUCCUGUUGACCUCUAAACUAUAUUGUUUCACCAGAAGUCAGUAACUUCCCAACAGAGUCAGUGCUUUAUCUCAUCGUGCUGUUAACCGGUGUUGGAUUAGAAUGAUUUAGAGCCAUUUGAAUCUGGAUUGCUUCCUGACUUAAGAUCAAGCCCCCACAAUGGAUGGCAGUCAACACGAAGCAUUUGAGUCUGAGAAGCAUCUGCCCUGAGAGAUUGUAUCGUGAAGUAGUUUUUGCUGCCACCCGUUGGCGUUUAAUUAACAAUCUUCUAGUCACUGCAUAGAGAGAAAAGUGGUAAAGAAACUACCUCACUGGGAAUGUCAUCCUUACCAACUUCAGAUGGAUUUAACCAUCCAGCCCAUCCUUCAGGACAGAGUCCUGAGAUUGGUAAUCCUAUGAGUCUUGCUCACUCUGUCUCUGCUUCAGGCUGCCCUAUCGAGCCCAGUGACCCUGACAGCAUUGAACCUAAAGCUCUAAAGGCUUUGAAGGCUUCCGCUGAAUUCCAGAUAACCUCUGAAAAGAAAGAACAUCUUCCUCCACAGGAUCUUUCUGAUUGUGCUUCUUCAGCAGACAGCGCUCCAGCCAUGCCUCUGCAGAAUUCAUCCGAAGAAGCCAUUGUUGCAGAGAAUAUGGCGAAAUCUGCUGAAAGAAGCACCCAGGGCCUCAGAUCUCCUCUCCACACAAGACAGCAAGCUAGUUUAUCUGUCACGACUACUAGUGUGCAAGAACCACCGGGGUUUCUAGGUGAAAAGGGUUGGCAUCCAGAAAGUCAGAACCCGAGUCAAGGGAAUGGCCUUCAGCAGCACAAAGAACCAGGGAAUGAACAGCAUGAGGUUGUACAACAGAAUGCUCUAUGUGACCAAGAACAGGAACAUCUCUGUAACACAGAGGACUUUGAACUUCUUGGAGAAAGGCAACAGAAUCCACAAAGAAGUGUUGAUUUAGAAGCUACAGUGAAAGAAGACAGGCUACAGCAGAAUGUGGACCUUCCAGGUACAGAGGAAAAUAUUCUACCUUCAGGAUGCUUUGGCUGCCCCCAUUCAGAAACACUCAUGGAAGUGGAUACAGUUGAAGAGUCCCUAGUGGCUGUGCCUAACUCAGCGGAUGGUCAGAAUGCCAAUGUCAAGAACAUCGGUGCACCCGAUCUCACCUUAGAUAAUCCCCUGAUGGAAGUAGAAACAUCAAAAUGUAACCCUUCAUCCGAAAUUUUGAGUAAUUCAAUUUGCACUCAGGAUUUACAACUCCCAGACAAUAACGUUGAAAUGUCUGGAACAAAUAAAGAAGAUGGGGAUUGCUCCCCGUCUUUAAGUCUCUGUGGCAGUUGUCAGCCUUCUGUGGAGUCAGCAGAGGAAUCCUGCUCAUCUCUAACAGCAGCCUUGAAGGAACUCCAUGAACUUUUGGUCAUUAGUAGUAAACCAGCUUCAGAAAAUACAUCUGAAGAAGUUCUCUGUCAAUCGGAAAUGGUAACUGAGGGCCAAACAGGUGUGAAGGACCUUUCUGAAAGAUGGACCCAAAGUGAGCAUGUUCUAGUUACCCAGAACGAAGAGCGUUCACAAGUCUCCUUUCAUCAGACCAUAAGUGUAUCGGUGAGGGCAGAAAAGUUAACAGACACUUCAAAUGGUGCUGGAGUAGAAGAUGUAGAAAAUAUUAAUGUCAGGGAUCCAGGUGAUGGCCUAGUAACUGAUAAGGAAAGUGUCCCCGAGUCUAGGGAAUCCGAGAACAAGAGCAGUUCUGACGCUCUAGCCUCAGCAAAAACGUCUAAUCAAUUACACUGCACCUUAGGUGUAGAAAUCUCACCCAAACUUUCAGCAGGUGAGGAGGAUGGUGUCAGUCCCACUUCUGAGCAAACAAAGUCCUGGUCCAAUUUCACGUUGGUUGAAGAUCUGGGUCAGGGCGCACAGAAUCCGGUGACAGACAGGCCUGAGACACGACAGGAUGUCUGUCCUGAAGCUGCAGGGCCACUUGUUGACUUUGAACCGCCCACCAGCCACCCAUCAUCAAGUCCCUCCAUUCUUCCACCACUGAUUUUUCCUGCUGCAGACAUUGACCGGAUUCUCCGUGCCGGCUUCACUUUGCAGGAAGCUCUUGGGGCUUUGCAUCGAGUUGGUGGAAAUGCAGACCUUGCACUUCUUGUCUUGCUCGCAAAGAACAUUGUAGUUCCUACAUAACCAAGGAAAAGUGGGCUAAACCAUCCUCCAUUCCCUUAAAAAAAAAAAAAAAAGCUAUAGACACACAACACGCACACACACACACACUCUCUCUCUCUCUCUCUCUCUGUCUCUCUCUCUCUUUCACUCACCACGUACACAGUAUAUGUAGAAACCUGCAAGCAGAAUGUUGAGCCAGAUUUUUUUUAAAGAUUUUUUUCGGCCAAAGUAACUUAUCUCUUGUCUGAUGAAUUUGUCUAUUCUAUUUGUUAAAAUUUGGGCCUUUUAAAUGUAUUGGCAGUAUGUGCAUACAAAAGCUUUUUAUUAUCAAGAUGAUGUAUUCUGGAAUAAAAUUGAUGGUUUUGUGUAUAGCAUACCAUUUUAGAAUGAGAGUGAGUGCUUUAAAAAGCAGAAGCCGUGAGAAACCCUGCCCCCCAUGCAGCUGAAAGCAGGUCACCUUCCCACUUUGGCUGUGUCUGCGCUGUAGGCAGGGUAUGGCUUGUUGGCUCAAUGGUCCAUUUACAAACUUGAUCACGUGGUGUGGCGUCUGGAAUUACACUUAGUGCUCUGCGUAUUGGUGGUGCAUCAGUUAUAAGAGGAAGUUGAAGAAUGAUUGAGUGAUCUCUCCCAGAGUGGUAUGUUUUUAUUUGUGUGGUUAGGGUUUGGCAGUUUUAUGGGGCGAGUUGGGAGGGUUUAAAACUUGGGCUGCUCUGUGCGCGACAGGCUGCUGCAUGGAUUGCCAAGUAUUUUGGGGUGGGGGGGAAUCAACAUCAGAAUGGGACGUGGUGCUACCCAGAUAGAAAAGGGAAAAGCGUGUAGUUCUGUUUGCAAAUGUUUGGUGAUGUUUCAAGGACCGGGAGUGAAAAAUAAUGGCCUAAACGCUGGAAUUUACUAGAGAGUGGGUUUGCGAGCAUCUUACUGAUCUCACCUCAACCCUUAGUGACCAACAAUGAACUUCUGCUAAGGGGUUGAUUUGCCUGCAGUUCAUUUCCUUUCUAAGCUCAUCUACUGGGAAGUGCUUCCAAUGCUCAGUGUGAGCUGCGAUCGGAGUGAGAUAUCGUGAAGUGUGAUAACCUUGUCGCUGGUUCAUCUUGGUGCUUGGAAUGGUCAGCCUGUUUGGUGAGUGGCCUUUACGGCAAUGGAAAUAGUAAUGGCAGUUUCUGACUCAAGUGGCCUUGGUAGAGAUUUCCAUCCCUUUCUUUCCUCAGGAGUUUCUUUUUUAAAGCAGGCGGCGUCACAUUUGUGUUUACCGUGUCAAGGUAGAGUGGGGCAUAGUAUAUAGAUGUAUUUAUUGUGGCCUUUUUUUAUAUGAGGACUAGCCCUUGGAAAUCAUUGUCCUGUGGGCCCCACUGUGCAAUAAUCCUACUGGAUAGAUUUUAGGUAGUUUUUCCCAGAAAAUAAAUUAUCUUAUGUACCCAGCAGGAAUCUGAAAUCUUGGUUUUAUUGAAAAGAAUUUUGAGAAUGACUCCUGAUUCCAAGCUAGAGUUUGCAAUGUGUUUGAAACAGAUGCUUCGAAAGGGUGAUUCGUGAACUUAGCGUUAAAUGAUUUUGUGUGAAGUCUUACUCUCUUUGCAAGCUUAUUCUUUCUUUCAAAAUUCAAGUCAUUGAGCACAAUCAAAACGGAGGCUCAUCUCUCAGGAGUUUUUGACAUUUUCAUUUGGGGGCACUUAGAGACCUUUCUCUUCUGUCCUAUUCCGUCGUCUUUUCUUUUUGCUGUGACGUUUGUAUGUAUGUUGUGAGUCUUCAGUGAUGUGGCGGAAAGUCACAUAGAUUCAUCAUGAUCCUCCGAAGUUGGGAGAUGGUUGGCAGAAGGAGUUGGGGUUUACCGUUUUCACGAGGGCGCUCCGAACAGCAGGUCAGCCAGGUUGUCUUUAAGAUGUUCUUUGAGACAAUCACAUGCUGCAGACCCUUUUGCCUGCCCCACACCAAAGACGUAAGAUGCACUAGGAAACUGCGUGUAGGAUUUCUGUCAACCGACUCUUAGAGCUGCGACCAUAAUUAAGUAGUUGGUGCUAUGAGGGAAGCAAAACCCAGUAGCAAUGCAGUGGCCCCCGUAUUUGCUUUACGGGUGGUAACUGGGAAUUUAUUCUAAGCUAAUAAAUCUUUAGGGUUAUAAAGUGGGGUGGGUGUGAGGUGGGGGAAGUUAUCAGUGACAACAGACUCCUCCCAAGAGGCCUUCUGGGUGAAGACGGGCCUCCUAGUCUUUCUGAGCAGUGGCGCACUGCUCAGCGGCUUGGCCACUGAAUUUUCACAGUGCGGAGAUCUGGGCAUCCAUCCUAGGUAGAAUACAGAAUAUCAGUGUGGAAAAGGUUUGAUCACAAUAGCUUUUUACGUAUGUAUAUUUAUUUUUAGGAGAAAAUCGAAUAGGCCUGUAGUUGUACAUGUAUUCUCCUUAGGAGUACCUUGAAUGAAUGAGCUGAACCCUCUUGCCAGAUAGCCUUGUCCUCUUUCAUCAUUUAUUUUUCAGUGUAUAAUUGCUUUGGAUCUUUAAAACUUUAUUUUCCUGUCCCAUCAUUCGUAUGAACGUAAAGUCGCUGACAUUAUUAGGAUUUUGAAUAAUCUUAAAUCACGCAGUUCUUAAAACACAAAGGGAAUUAAGGAACACGACACUAGUGAAUUUUGUCAGUUUUACUAAAAGUGCAGAGACUCGAGAUUAACUUCUCUAAAAAUGAGGUAAAAUCAUUGUGAACUCCUCUGGUUGCCAACAGAACUGAUCCUGGCCAGCCAUCAACAGUAACGGGCCACCUUACUGGAUAGCUUCUUUGCCGUAACCGGUAACGGACGGUUCUGUGGUCAGUGCUCCCCUCCAAGGGUGGUCUCUGUUUACUCACCAGAGAGAGGAGAAGGUUGUCCUUCCUGGAGGACUUCUGCGGUUUACCUUCAGUUGAUUUCCAUGGGUAGGAAUGUGCUUGGUGACCAGACAGCUGUGCCUAACACAGCUGUAGAUUUUGCCCACUGAAGCUGGGAAGAAGGAUUUCCACUUGUACCUGUGUAGGCCCCCCGGGCCCCAGCCGGCAGCCUUCAUCCCUCAGUUUGGGCUUUAGGCAUUAACAUCUAAAGAUUACCAGUGGCUUGGCAAAGAGAAUGGGAUAGAUGGUGGGUGGGUGUUAAAACUGGUCUGCCUUGGAGCCUGUGAAACCUCCCAGCGUUCCUUGUCUCCAUAUGUACUAAAGGAAGACACAGCCCGUGUGGUUUUUUUUUUUUUUUUUUUUUUUUUUUGUCCAAAGCAUUUCUUUAGCAAGAGGGUUGCAUAAAAAUGGAAAGACACAUGAGACUUUGUGUCACCAAUUUUGAUAACCAGUUAAAACUGGAAUCUGCCUGUUCUUCCCUUAGCACAGCUUUCUCUCUCUAGUAAAAGCCAUAAAAACUUCAUUGGUUUAACCAUCAGCUCAUAUGUAUAUAUACAUGUGUGAUUGACAAAUAGCCUACAGUUAAUUUUACAUAGAAUGAAAAGCAAGCAAUUUUUCUAUUUACAGAUAUAUCCUCCACAUACGGUGGCUUUUAUCCCACCAUGUAUAUAAAAACAGCCUUGCCGGUAACCAGCCAGGAAAGUUGCAGUGCGUCUGAUUUCCUUUUCCUACCUGUUUGCCACCUGCAGUGAGAGCAGGCAGCAUAAUUGAACUGCUGUGUAUUUCAAACUUGUUAUCACCGGUAACAUAUCCUAAGAGAAGCUAACUAGAUUAUGCAUUCUUCCGAUCUCUAGCACAAAUACCAAAAAGCCAAAUUUCUCCUUUGAAUUUGGUUACUUAGUAUAGUCUGUGGCUGAGUCAGAAAGAAACCGUUAUCAAGAGUUUCCCUUCCUAGAAGAUGAAUGUUAACAUUUUAGGAGUUCCAUAAAAUAGCUUUUUUCCUGGAAGAAUUAAAAACGCCAAUUCCUCAAAGACCAAGUAAAUUUAAAGCGUGUCCUUAAGAACUGUGGAAAUGAAAGUUCAUGGCUCAAGCUCCCUCAGUGCUUUAGAGGUCCCUCAGUGUUAGUGAGGUGUUCCUAGGAGUUCAUUGAGUUAAGAUUUUAGGGGUAAACCUUUGAAGUACUUGAUUUUCUCUUGUGCCUUAGUUUCUCCAAGUAGCAGAGGCAUCACAUUUUGGUGGGGAGUGAAAGUGGAAAUAUCAGGGAGAAAGUUUGAAAAUGGCCUUCCUAGAAAUAGAGGGCGUGCAUGGAGUGGUCCUAAGACUCACCUUCGAUUCAGAAUUAUCCUGCACCAAAAUCAUUAGAUUUCCCUAGACGGAAAAAUUCCAAUAGGGCUUUUUUGCAUUGGGAGUACCAGAAAAUGGUUUCCAGAUGUUUAUUAGAUUUUUCUUCAUUGCACUAUCAGUAUUGUGGUGGUUAAGACACAGAAAAAGUUUGAGAAAAUCUGGUACUCUUGAGGGCUAUACAGUAUGAGUCUUUGAUUAAGAAUUCAUUGAUUCAUGGGGCACCUAACUGAUUCAGUCGGUGGGGCAAUGUGACUCUUGAUCUCGGGGUCGUGAGUUCCAGCCCCAUGUUGGGGUAGAGUUUACUUUAAAAAAAAAAUCGAUUGAU